AUGAACCGCAUCUUUGGCACAUCCAAGCCCAAGCCUCCCAAGGCCACCCUGGCCGAUGCAAUCAAAGCUACUGACGGCCGGGUAGAUUCGAUCGAUAGCAAGAUCAAGAAGCUGGACGCCGAGCUCAUGAAAUACCGAGAGCAGAUGAACAAGAUGCGGGACGGGCCUGCCAAGAAUGUCGUCAAGGAGAAGGCUCUCCGUGUCCUCAAGCAAAAGAAAAUGUACGAAGGACAGCGGGAUCAGAUGAUGCAGCAAUCCUUCAACAUGGAGCAAGCGAGUAUGACCACCGAAAACCUCAAAAACACCAUGGUCAUUGUCGAUGGCAUGAAGAGCGCAAACAAGGAGUUGAAACAGCAGUACAAAAAAAUCAACAUCAAUCAAAUCGAGAGAAUGCAAGACGAACUCGAAGACCUGAUGGACCAGGCCAACGAUAUCCAAGAGACCAUCGGCCGCUCGUACAACCUGCCAGAUGGCAUCGACGAGGAUGACCUGGAAGCAGAGCUGGAUGCUUUGGGAGACGAGCUGAACUUUGAAGAGGAGGAAGUGCCGUCGUACUUGCAGGAAGAGCCUGUGCUUCCCUCGGUGUCGACGGAGGAGCCGACUAUGCCUGGAGGCCUGCAGACCGAGCCGAAGCAAACAGAGGCGCCCGUCAAGCUGAAUGCAUAG